GAGAUAGGCCCAUGGGCGGCGCCACACCUGCCUUUUGCGGAACUCACCACCAAACCCCACCUUGCGAUUUUCGCCGCAAAUACUCGUCAACAGCCCCUUGACUCGCCCACACGACCAUCCGUCCGUCCUUCCGCCGGCUCGCGUCUCCUGCUCGUCCUCCUUCUGUCCCCGGCCACACUCCUCCACGAGCUCUGCCGCGCCGAACCUGUGGACGAGUCUCACUGAUCUUGCCGCGUACGCAUCUGACAUCAAGAGCUAAAGAUGGGUCAAGUAUUGUCUAUGCCCGCGACCGACAAGACGACGGAGAAUGGUGGAAAUGAUUACUACUACUACGGGCUGUCUGAGAUGCAGGGGUGGAGAUUCACCAUGGAGGACGCGCACACGAUCGCUCUGAAUCUCGAUGAAAGCGGGGAUGACUCGAACACGUUCUUCGCCGUGUACGACGGUCAUGGUGGCGGUGCGGCGGCGAAGUACGCCGGCGAGAAUGUACACAAGAAGCUCGCGUCCGACGAUGCCUACCAACGCAAAGACUAUCGUGCGGCGCUCAAGAAUGCGUUCCUGGGCACUGACGAUGACAUGCGAAAUGCGCCCGAAAUGCGGAGGGAUGGAUCGGGAUGCACAGCAGUCGCAGCACUCGUAACAAAGGAUAGCAAAAUCUACGUUGCAAACGCGGGUGACUCGCGAUCGGUCAUUAGCGUAAAGGGGGAGGCGAAACCGCUCAGCUUUGACCACAAACCUCAGAACGAAGUUGAGAAGAGCCGAAUUGCGGCUGCUGGUGGCUACAUUUCCUUUGGUCGUGUAAAUGGAAACCUCGCUCUCGCUCGCGCAUUGGGAGACUUCGACUACAAACGGAACGAAACGCUCUCACCGGAAGCUCAGAUUAUUACAUGUGACCCGGACAUCACUGAGCAUGAUCUGACGGGCGAAGACGAAUUCCUCAUCAUCGCAUGUGAUGGCAUCUGGGAUUGUCUGAGCUCGCAGCAAUGCGUGGACGUCAUUCGUCUCAUGAUCUCCCAGGGGAAGGAUCUGUCUCAGGUCUGCGAGGACGUCUGCGAGCUCUGCCUCGCGCCCGAUACGAACUCCGGCGCGGGCAUCGGCUGCGACAACAUGACCAUCCUCAUUGUCGCGAUCUUGCACGGCCGCACGAUCGAAGAGUGGUACAAGUGGGUCACCGAACGGACACAGCAGAAAUACGGCCAUCCGACUCCGGACGAACUCCCGCAGAUCUACUCCCCGACCCGGCUUGCUUCCUUCAAGGCAAGACGCGAGGCUUGGGAGGCACGCCGGGCCCAGCGCGACGCGCAGAACGCGUCCGCGAACUCGUCCCCUGACCGCGAUCAGCACUUCAGCAGCGAAGGCACUGAUGAGAACCUGAGCGGACCCGGGAUGUUCGGCGGGUUCGCCCGGGUACUGGGGAGCACAGGCGGCAUCUCGUUCCACCCAUCCUCGGGGAUCACCAUGGGGGCACCAUUGAUGUUCGACAACGACGAUGACGACGAUAACGACAGCGAUGAGGCGGACAUGGAGGACGCGAUGGGGAUCUACCCAUCGGGCGAGGGCGCGGGCGGCCAUGACUUCUCCGUGUACGGGCGGGAUGCGACGAAGAGUCUCAAGGAGCAGCUGGACGAGCUCGAGCGGGAAGGCACGCUUGACGUGGAAGGGGACGUCGAAAUGCAGAAGGGCGAGUCGUGGCAGAACGACCCGUCGCUGCAGGGCGAGGCACCACCACCGCCGAAACCGAAGGUCAACGGGGACGCGGCACCGCCGCCGCAGCACUCGACGCCACCAGGCGGGGACGAGCCGAGUCCUGUGGUGAAGGCGGAGGGGCUGCUGGACAAGAGCGAGGACCCCCUCAAGGUGUAGCAUAGUGUGACCAUACCCGUCCUGUGUCGUGUUUCCUGUUGUCCCGUGUACUGUGUAGCUCAGCUAUAUCUAUUUGUGGCGUCUGACUGUGUCUCAUACCUCUCCCUCUCACCUCCAUGCCCAUUGUUGUCU